CUGAAAUUGUGCCUUACGUUACAACAGCUAUAUGUGCGUUGGAAUCUAUGAAAGAAAUAUUUUUUGUAGUCGUGCUUUUAUUUGUGGAUGGGUCAAAAAUCACCCCAUUUAAUAAAUUAGCCAUACCUCUUAAAGAUGACUUUUACAUUUGUGUGAAAGCAAGGGUAAUGUGUUUCUUUUUCAAAACCAUUGUUGAGCAAUAUUGUGAGGAACGGCCCUCAAAUCUCUUCAAAAGUGGGGUACCCUUCCUCCGCUGCAGCCGACAUUGAGGAUAAGAGGGAACGCAAGAGACAAGUGAAGGUGUCUUGGAGCUCCGCUUUGGAAAUGGCGGUGUCCUGACUGUGCCCCACCUGGGCAGGCAGGCAGGCAGGUUGCAUUAUUUUGCAUUUUGCAAAAGACAUGGCAGAGGAGCAGCUCCUCCCUCCACUCGUCGAUGCUGUUGACAACUGCGCCCAGAUUCUCCUGUCGGUGAGCUACCAUCAAGUUCUGCUCCGCGGCGCUGCACUGAAGAAAGUGAGAAGAGAAGUUCUUCACCAUGAACUGGGGUUUCCUCCAAGGCCUCCUGAGCGGGGUGAACAAGUACUCGACGGCCUUUGGGCGCGUGUGGCUGUCCAUCGUGUUCGUCUUCAGGGUGCUGGUGUUCGUGGUGGCGGCCGAGAAGGUUUGGGGUGACGAGCAGAAGGACUUCAAAUGCAACACACUCCAGCCGGGCUGCCACAACGUCUGCUACGACCACUUCUUCCCCGUGUCCCACGUGAGGCUGUGGGCCCUCCAGCUCAUCUUCGUCACGUGCCCCUCGUUCUUGGUGGUGAUGCACGUGGCCUACCGGGAGGACCGCGAGCGCAAGAACCGCCUCAAGUACGGCGAGAACUGCCGCCGCCUCUACCAGAACACGGGCAAGAAGCGCGGAGGCCUGUGGUGGACCUACGUCCUGACUCUGGUCUUCAAAGUCAGCGUGGACGCCACCUUCGUCUACCUCCUUUACCAUAUCUACGAGGGCUACGACUUCCCUUUAUUGAUCAAGUGCGAGCAGAAGCCGUGCCCCAACACGGUGGACUGCUUCAUCUCGCGGCCCACCGAGAAAAAAAUCUUCACCAUCUUCAUGGUGGUCACGAGCCUGGCCUGCAUCCUCCUGUCGCUUCUGGAGAUCUUUUACCUGGUGGGCAAGCGCUGCCGCGAGCUCUUCACGGCCGUCCAUUACUCUCACCACAUUAUGACCACCAGCGGCAGCAACUUGAUGGAGUCAAACAACCUGAAGAUGUCUCAAAAGAACACGCUGGAAACCCCGGCCCCUGCCUACAGCGUGGCUAUAUCAUGAAAUAAUACAGGCAAAGACUUGAGACUUGAGGCAGGCAGGCACUUUCCCUGAUCUGAUGAUUGACUUCUUACUGUCUGGAUUUUUUUUUUUGAGGGGUGGGGGGAUGUUUCUUGCCCCACGAUGGCACAUUUUCACUGGAGUGUUUUCACUGCAAAAGGCAAGUUUGUGUAAAGUGAGCUUUGAGAGCAUUGCAUGACUCAGUCUGUGUUUUGGAUCCUGUGGUCUCCAAAACGCCCACGUGGUUUCUGUGUAAGAUUUUCCUCCGUGGCCGGUGCCAAACCUCCAAAUGUUUUCAUUCAAACUGUGCGGAGUCUUUUCAACUCAGUAUAAACUCUAUGGAUGUCUUUUACUUUUGAAUGAAAUGGGAACUCUGAAUGUUCUGAACUCCUGUUUCCACGCUAGCGUCGUCAUACUCAACUUCCCAAAUCUGACAUGAUGUACUUUCUUAACUAGUUGAGACCAAAUGGAGUACAGUUUGCUACCAAGUACUGCCCUCCAUUUAGGCCCCAGUUUCUCUAAUUGCCCAACAAUCAGUUCCACACCGUCAACUGAUCAUUUCCUACCGAUCAUUAAACCGACGACUAAGUCACUUCCUUGCGUUAACCGCCAUCAUGUACCAUUGGGUUGAACCACAACAGAAACUGUUACUCAAGAGUCAUUCCCAAAGUAUCUAAGUAUUCCCCAGAAGAAUUGAAUCGGUACUCUUUUGCUUCCGCUUUUCCUUCCGGUGUGGUCCUGUCCCAAUACUUUUGUCCACUAGCCAUUUGUAUGUUUGGGUGUGCGAAUGUACAUUUGCGUUUUACAUUGUGUAUGUAAUUUAUCACCACGUUAGUAUGCAAGAUACUUGUUUUUACACUGUUAAGAUGUGUAUAUUUUCAGUAAAUACUUGUUUUCGA